AGCUCUUUCUAACCUCAAGAAUCUAUCAAUAGCUACCUUACUCGAAGCUUCCCGUGAGAAAAGCAGAAUCAUUAAGGAACGCGACGAGACACACUUAUACUUGACUGGAGAGCGAAAUAAGGACUAUUGGACGCAACAAAUAAGGGAAAUUCUUAUUCGACUUACACUAUUGCAACAGGCAGCGCGCGCAAUUACAGCACAGAGACCCUAGAUUAAGAUGGCUUCGUUGUACCCACCAAUGUCACCUACUAUGAGUAGGAAGAAAGCUCUUGUUGUUACUGAUCCGCCAAAGUUCGAUCUUGAAAGCUACAUUGCGAAUUAUAAAGGCAGAACCAGACUUGAGCGACUCUAUCUCAUCGGCAUCACCUCCACCUUUCUCGGCGUCGAAGCUCUAAAAAUGCUAAUUAAAGAAGCAAAGGGAGGAAAGGAUGUUACGAUUUACAUGGAUGCAUGUACUGCUAUGACCAGAAUUGCGCCAAGUGAACCAGAGGCUGUCAGAGAUGAUCAAUGGAUUGAUGCUACAAAUAAGUCCAACGCUGCGGAGGCUGCAAGCUUGGAAGCACAGUUGAAAGGCUAUAAGAAUAAUCUAAUCAAGGAAAGCAUUCGGAUGGGAAAUGAAGAUUUAGGAAAACAUUAUGAAGCUACAGGUCAACUUGCACUUGCAUUCGAAGCUUAUUCUCGUAUGCGACAAGAUAGCAAUAUGUCAAGACACGUAAUCGAUGUUUCUAAACAUAUCAUUGAAGUUUCUAUUGAAAGAAAGGAAUAUAUCGCAGUUCUUUCCAACGUUCAAAAGAUGAGAGGAACAGUUGUUGGCGCAGAUGAUGAGAAGGUUAUUAAACCAUUUUGCCAUGCAGCUGAAGGUAUCGCACAAAUGCAUGCUGGGCAAUAUGCUGCUGCUGCACAAACUUUCUUGCAGACACCUCCAGGAAUGGGUUUGACUUACAAUACAAUCAUCAGUCCUAACGAUAUUGCUGUCUAUGGAGGUCUUUGCGCUUUAGCCACUAUCGAUCGUAACAAAUUACAAAAGACAGUUCUCGAGAACUCCGAUUUCCGCGCCUACCUCGAAAUGGAGCCACAUAUUCGUCGUGCCAUUCAGGCAUUUGUCGGUAGCAAAUAUUCGGCAUGUUUAGAGAUUCUGGAGUCUUACAAGGCUGAUUAUCUACUUGAUAUUCAUUUGCAAAAGCAUGUUGAUGAGCUUUACACACGAGUUAGAAGCAAGAGCAUCGUUCAAUACUUCAUUCCAUUCAGUUGUGUUACGUUUGAGACAUUGCACAAGAACUUCGCUCCACCUGGAAAGAACAUUGAAAAGGAAUUGGCAGAGAUGAUCAAAUGUGGCGAGCUGGAUGCUAGAAUCGAUCUCGUUGCUAAGACCCUUGUAUCAACGCCCAAAGCCAACCGUCAAGAAGUUCAACAAGAAGUUCUCAAGACUACAAAGCAAGUCGAACGUGAAGCUAGACAACAUUUGCUACGUAUGAACAUCGUCGCUUCGGAUAUGGAAGUCAGAUCACAUAGAGAAGGUGGUAGAAGAGGCAUGGGUGGCGGAUUGGCUGGCGAAUUAUUUAGUGGUAAUUAAGGGAAGUGUCGACGAGGGGCUGGUGACAUGAUGAUACGAUACGAUACGAUGAAAAUGGCGUUUAUGAUUGAUAGGGGCCGAGGCUGAUUCUCAUUUGGGGCGGCGUCUAUGGUUCGGGGUAGGUAUUUACGGGGAAGGGUUAUUCAUGUGCGUUGCAUGAUAGGUACUUACGGGCUAUUUUAUGUUCUCAGUUCUAUCGGUUGAAAGAUGAGAAAUUAGAUAGAUGGUUGUUAAUUCUUAGACAUAGAGGAAUACUAUGACUUAUGAAUCU